AUGGAGGUGCUUAGAUAUGUUAUCAGUGAUACUAGUUUACCAUGGUGGGUGAAGCUUUACUUUACUCUAAUUUUCGCUUUGGUGGUCUUUGUGGCCGUAAACCUGGCUGUUGGAAUUUAUAGUAAAUGGGACAGCACUCCAGUGAUUAUUGGGAUUAGUUCUACCAUGACUCCCAUCGAGCAAAUCCCUUUCCCGGCAAUAACGGUCUGCAAUAUGAAUCAGGCCAAAAAAUCGAAAGUUCAGCAUUUAAAUCCGGGAUCCCUGCGUUACGCGAUGCUUCAAAAAACCUGUAAUAAGGAAUCUAAUUACUCACAAUAUGUGGAUAUUCAGCAAAGAGAUGAAACUUUUCCGAAUUUCAUUUUUAAUGUUUCUGAGAAGUGCGCGGAUCUAAUAGUGUCCUGUACAUUCCAUCAACAAAAAAUAUCUUGCACCGAUAUCUUCAGAGAAGUAUUCGUUGACGAAGGAUUGUGCUGCAUAUUCAAUUUUUUGCAUCCGUAUUAUUUAUACAAAUUCAAAUCGCCUUACAUUCGGGACUACACUUCGUCGGGAAGGUUUGCAGACAUCGCCGUGGAUUGGGAUCCUAUUGCAGGCUACCCACAGCGAUUACCUUCAAGCUAUUAUCCCCGUCCGGGAGUUGGAGCAGGUACUACUAAGGGUCUCCAAAUUAUUCUCAACGGCCACGUUAACGAUUACUUUUGCUCUUCGACAAAUGGACAGGGAUUCAAAGUACUCCUAUAUAAUCCGAUUGACCAGCCUCGCAUGAAGGAGUCUGGAUUACCAGUGAUGAUUGGCCAUCAGACAAGUUUUCGCAUCAUAGCUAGGAGUUUUGAGGCGCUACCUAACAUUAGGAAAAUUCAUAGGACGAAGCGGCAAUGCAUUUUUAGUGACGAACAAGAACUGCUUUUUUAUCGCUAUUAUACGCGUAGAAAUUGCGAAGCAGAGUGCGACUCCUUGUAUUUUCUAAGACACUGCAAUUGUAUUCCUUAUUAUUUACCACUUGUGUAUCCAAACGCUACAAUGUGCGAUGUGGUGCACUUUGAAUGUCUGAACAGUGCCGAGUUACAGAUUUUCGACGUAAAGAGUUCUCAGUGCAAGGAGCUUUGCCUGACCAGCUGCCACGAUUUAAUUUUCUUUCCCGAUGCUUUUACCACACCAUUUAGCCAAAAAGACGUUAAAGCCCAGGGCAGUUACUUGAAGAAUUUUUCAAGUGAUUACAUUAGAAAUAACUUGGCGGUCGUAAACUUCUUUCACACCGAAAACUAUUUUAGAAGCAACGUGAGGACCUCUUAUACGGGACCAACUGAAUAUAUGGCUUUAACCGGUGGCAUAAUGAGCCUAAUGAUUGGCUUUAGUGUAAUCUUCAUUGCCGAAAUAAUAUACCUUAUUUUCUUAAUUUUAACGAUGUUGUUUCUGUUAUUGCUUUAA